AUGCCACACUUUCGCUGCACAUACGCUACUCGCGGAGCACUCAAGUUCUUUCGUGAGGUGAACAAACCAACCGGAGGACGUCUGAUACAGGUCUCGUCUUGCCUUGGACAGACCGUGGAAGAAGUUGAUCCUGCUUGGAAUAUCAAGGUCACAAUCGUAGAGCAUGGUCCAUUCCGUUCAAAUAUCAUGGACACCAAAAUAAAAUAUGUUCCCUCGCACCCAGCAUACGCCGACCCAAACAUGGACGGCGACCCGUACAAAGCAGCCGAGGCGAUGGACAAGCUUGCGCAACUGGACGAUCCGCCUCUUCGCCUUCCCCUUCACAAGUUUACAUUGGACAUGGUGAAGAGUAAGCUUGACGCAACAAGGACGGAGCUCGAGAAGCACAUGCCAUGGCCGGAUGAUAUUUGCCUUGAUUAA